CAGAAAGUUCAACAGAUAUAUCGCCAUGUGGUUUAUUCGUUAAGACUGAAAACCUGGACAAAGAAUUUGAUAUUAAUGAGAUGGAAUUGUCGAUCAAAGCUGAAAGUAUCGAUAUAAAAUCAGAAGAUGAAGAAAAGAGCAACACGCUGCUGCAGAGUUCCGAUAUAGGACCAUACGACAAGAGCGAUUGUAAAUAUGAGAAUGGAUCAACAAACGAACGUAAUUCGAAAUCCAAGAAGAAGCUCAAAGUAUCGUACAAAUGCGAUAAAUGUAUUUACAAAACUAGAAGCGAGAGCUGUUUUACGGCACACUGUGCAAGACACGAAAACAGUGCAGAGGUGUAUAAAUGUGAAUCCUGUAAAUAUGAAACUCAAAAUAAGAAAUUAUUUCAAAAGCACCAGUUGGGACAUAGAAACCCUUCGAAAAUACAUAUACAUCAGUGCCAAUCGUGUAAUUACAAGACAAAGAACAGGUGUGAGCUUGCUAAGCAUCAGGUGAAACACAAAAGCGCAUCUGAAGUACGAUUGUACAAGUGCGACUUUUGCGAUUUCAAAACAAAAUUGAGGAUUAGCUUUAAUAACCAUUGUAUAAAACACAAAGACUCAAACAAAUGUGAUGAGUAUGACUGUAAGACCAAAUACAACUCAUUGAUACAUAAGGACGCUUCGCAACUGCCAAUUUAUAAAUGCGAGGAAUGCAACUACAAAUCAAAGAAUAAUACACUUUUAAUCAACCAUCAGUUGGUACAUAAAGAUCCCUCGCAGAUCAAAAUGUACAGAUGUAAGGACUGCGAUUAUGAAACUAGAUACAAAAGGAAUAUCAAAGGGCACCAACUAAAACAUAAAGAUCCUUCACAGGUUCAAAUGUACAGAUGUAAAGACUGCGAUUUUGAAACUAAACACAUACGAUCUAUCAAAUGGCAUCAAUUGAAACAUAAAGAUCCAUCACAGGUUCAAACUUACAGGUGUAACGACUGUGAUUAUGAAACUGUAUACAAGAAAUAUAUCAAACAUCACGAACUGAUGCAUACAGAAAAGUACAGAUGUAACGAGUGUGAUUUUCAAACUAAAUACAAGAGGAGUAUCAAACGGCAUCAACUGAAACAUAAAGAUCCAUCGCAGGUUCAAAUGUACAGAUGUAGCGACUGUGAUUACGAAACUGUAUACAGAGAUUAUAUGGAACGACACCAACUGAAACAUAUAGAUCCUUCGCAGGUUCAAAUGUACAGAUGUAAUGACUGUGACUACAAAACUAUAUGCAAGAAAUAUAUCAAACGGCACGAACUGAUGCAUAAAGAUCCUUCGCAGGUUCAAAAGUACAUAUGUAACGAGUGUGAUUUUCAAACUAAAUACAGGAACAGUAUCAAACGGCAUCAACUGAAACAUAAAGAUCCUUCACAGCUUGAAAUGUACAAGUGUAACGACUGUGAUUUCGAAACUAAAUACAGAAAAUAUAUAAAAACGCAUCAACUGAGGCAUAAUAGACCUUCACGAGUUUAACUGCACAGGUGUAAUGACUCCAAUUAUAAAACUAGACAAGAAUGUCAAAUUACAUCAACUGAGUCAUAAAUAUUUUUUGUCUGUUCUAACGUACGGCUGUAACAACUGCGAUUACCAAACCGAAUACAAGGGUUUCAUGAUACGGCACCAACAGAAACAUCCUUCACGAUUACAAAACUGAAAACAAAAAUUAUUUGAAAUGACACCAAUUAAAACAUAAAGAUCCUUCGCAGAUUCAAAUGUACAGUAAUGACUGAUUACAAAACCAAAUACAGGAGUUAUAUCAAACAGCACCAACUGAAACAUAAAGAUCCUUCGCAUAUUCAAAUAUACAAGCCUAAUGACAGCAAUUACCAAUCUGAAUACAACGAACACAAACUGAAACACAAAGAUCUUUCGGGUUCACAUAUACUGAUGUAACGACUAGGAUUAUGAAACUAAAUGUAGGAGCAGUAUUAAAUAUCAUAUAGAGUUCUUAAAUGCAAAUGUACCAGUGUGAUUUGCUAACAGCGAAGAGUUUGAAUAUGGCACCGAUCGUAAAUAUGUGAAUAUGACUUUAUUAUAUACAGGGUGUCACAGUUUUAAUCUGUCAAACAUUGGGAGCGAAUUGAACAACCAAGAAUAAUGUUACUAUGUCUUGUAUUUUGAAAUAUGAACCAUUUUCGAGAUAGAGGCUUUUGAAAACCCCCGAAAAAUGUUCCCUCUGAAAUAGUAGAUAUUCGGGUUCUGAAAAAAAAAAGUACAAAUAUCUUAUUAUUUCAGGGACUAUUUACAGCUAAUGGAUUUUUUUGGGGAUUUUUAGACCUCGUUUCUCGAAAAUUGUGAGAUAUCGAAGUAAGGAAGACAAAGUACCGUUUUUGGUUGUUCUAAAUACCCUUAAUGUUUAAUUGAUUAAAAUCGGGACAACCUGUAUUAUCAUCUAUAAACUCUAUUUGUACUGAAUAAGAGGACAAUUAAAUAAAGCAUUUUUUUCACUUAAAUUUUUAAUUAUCCUCAAAAAUGUUCAAAGCAUCCUCCUCCCCUUGUCAUUCCUAUGCAGCGGUAGUUUUCAGCAAUGCAAUCUGUCCCGUUAUUCACAUCCAGCUCAAAAACUUAAUAUUUAAUUGCUCAUAUGAUUUUCGAGAUGAGCGUUGCGGUAAACCAGAAGUGGAUGCUUUGAAAAAAUUCUGUACUUAACAGUUUAUACGGUUGACCAGUAGGGUAAGACCAGUUGGAAAACCUUGAAAUAAAUUUAUCAUUGUAGUAGGGGGUAUAAAUUUGGGCAUUGAACUUAUCACGGUACACUGAAAGAUAUUUGUAACUUUAUGUCUACAUUGGGCAUUACUCACCUUAUCAGCGAACUGACUAGAAUUACUGGUAAUUGUAAAUCAUGCCUUGACAAUAUUUUAACUAAUAUAAACUUAGAUAAAUCGGUAGCAGGCACGUGUGACCCUAUGGUAUCCGAUCAUCUGGGUGUCUUACGUGUAUACGAUAUGUCGCCAAUUCAUCGCAUUGACUUUUUUUAGGAACAGAAUUGUAAAUAAAAGUAAAAUUCACGAAUUUACUGUUCGGUUGAGUGAUGUGCAGUGGGAUUUUAGUCACAUUGACAAUUUGAACGGUGAAGGCUUAGCUUUAAUGAUUUUAAGUGCGUUGCAUUCAAUAGCCAUUGCUACUUUUUCAAUGAAGUGUUUAAUAAAAAAUUGUUACUGCUUA